AUGAAUGAGAAAGGUCUGCGUUCCGACAAGAAAUGUCAGUAUUUCGCUAGUGCUGUUGAGAAUGCGAAAGGAUGUAACGAGAAAACAAGUUUACGUUGGAGCGAAAUUCAUAUCCCCUUGGAGAAUGAAGAGCAACCCAAUCCUCCAACGGAUGGAAAUGUAUUGUCCGGAUCUCAAUCUGAUGAGGAGUAUAUGAAUUGUGAUCAGUGUGAUGAAUCAUUCGUUCGAAGGUGGAAUCUACAAGAACAUAAGAAGGAAGUUAAUGAAGGUCGAAAAUUCGACUGUCCCGAAUGUGACAAUAAAUACGCCACUAAAAAGUUUCUUAAUCAACACGUCCAGGUGCAUCACAGAGGUAUAUAUUUUGUGUGCAGCAUCUGCGAUAAAAAGUAUGCCACAAAGUAUCGAUUCAACAAACAUGUUAAAAUUUGUAAAAGAAGUUUAUCAAAACAUGCCACAGCUGAAUUGGAAGCCUCAUAUAAUAAUAAUCAUAAUAAUAAUAAUAGUUAUUCACCAAUAAAAGAAGACGCAUUACAUCAUCAUCAACCUGACAAAAGUAAUCAUACUAAUGGCGACGAGGGUGUUAACACAUCUCCGUCUUCUUCUUCAGUCAAUAAUGAACAAGAGGAGAAGGGGGAGGAGGAGAAAGACACGUCUCCAUCAGUACUUCCUGUAGCUGAUGAAUUGAGCAGAUCAACUGAACUCAAUGAUGAGAUGCAAGCAAAUAACAGUAUUGCUGAGACUACGGAUACCACCGAAACAACAACAACUAAUAAUAAUAAUAACAGCAAUACAACACCAGUUAUAACCGAUCUCUUCUCUUUAUUUUUCGUUGAAGUCAGUCAGUUAAUUCAUACACGUUUAGCCCUAUGUGAAUUUACCUAUGAAAAUAUGCAAAUGUCAUGUUGUAAUAUGAAAAAUUGGCCUACAAUGCAAACAGUAGCCACAUCGAAGGGUUUACCAAUAGAGGAUAUACUAGCGCUUUAUUCAGCACUGGUCUAUUUAGCUAUGAUAUUACGACCGAAUAACUGUGCUCCAUUAAUUGAUAUUUGUUUAAAUGCUACUGCUGAUUCACUUCAUCAUGUUGGUCUUUCAUUGUCUUUACUGGAUAUUAUGCAAACAAAAUUUAAUCCUUCCUAUUCUCCUUAUUCCUAUGGAACAAGACCUCAUUCGGCUGUACAAUAUGGAAAUAAUCGAAACCACAUUUGUAAAACAAACUUAAUUGACAGAAAUUUUGGAUUGUAUUUUGAUCUGUUGGAUAAAAAUAGAACUCAAGAUUCACAUAGUCGAUCAAUAUUGGGGGUUUCAGAUAAUUAUUAUCAAAACAUGGGUGAAGCAAUUGCUAGUCAGAUGCUUAGGAAGCAAAAUGAGUGCAAAUAUAGAAGUUCAAGAUUGUCGGACAUUAAAUUGUCUGUGAGUGCCACGGAUCCUGGGGUGUCAACGGGACAAAGUGUUGAUGAAGACAAGGCGUCUCGUCCUGGUACCUCGAGUGCUGUUACAUUGGAGUUGGCCCGUGGGAAUGAUAUAGCCUGUGAGUUGUUGUCUCCAGACUCAGAUGGUAUGGGUGAUUUGAAGGCGAAAUCUGUGAUCGACGACUGUUCGACCUUGGGGAUUUCGUCGCCCGAAUUAGAAAGAACCAACGGUGGAGUUGGGAGGUAUGAACGCUGA